CCGGCUGCAGGCGUUCUAGAGCCAAGAUGGGCAAUGCCGCUCUCUGCCCAUCUUGCCACGCGGAUAAGAGCGUCCGAGCCCAAGGACACUUGCAGGAACUGGACAGAACCCCAGACUACUAUGGCUGUCACAGUGAGGAGGCCCCUGAACCUGGCGGGCAGUCUGACAGCAAUGCCAGCUUCCUCCGUGCUGCUCGAGCUGGCAACCUGGACAAAGUGGUCGAGUAUCUGAAAGGAGGCAUCGAUAUCAACACCUGCAACCAGAAUGGCCUCAACGCUCUCCACCUGGCAGCCAAGGAGGGCCAUGUGGGGCUGGUGCAGGAGCUGCUGGGACGAGGCUCCGCGGUGGAUUCUGCCACCAAGAAAGGAAACACUGCUCUUCAUAUCGCAUCUUUGGCUGGACAAGCUGAGGUUGUCAAAGUUCUCGUUAAGGAAGGUGCCAACAUUAACGCCCAAUCUCAGAAUGGCUUCACUCCUUUAUACAUGGCAGCCCAAGAGAACCACAUUGAUGUUGUCAAAUAUUUAUUGGAAAAUGGAGCUAAUCAGAGCACCGCGACUGAGGAUGGCUUCACGCCCCUCGCUGUGGCCCUGCAGCAAGGACACAACCAGGCAGUGGCCAUCCUGUUGGAGAAUGACACCAAGGGGAAAGUGAGGCUGCCGGCUCUGCACAUCGCUGCCCGGAAGGAUGACACCAAGUCAGCUGCACUCCUGCUCCAGAAUGACCACAAUGCGGAUGUUCAGUCCAAGAUGAUGGUGAAUAGGACAACUGAGAGUGGCUUCACCCCUUUGCACAUAGCUGCCCACUACGGAAACGUGAAUGUGGCCACUCUCCUGCUGAACCGGGGUGCGGCGGUGGACUUCACAGCCAGGAAUGGAAUCACUCCUCUGCAUGUGGCUUCCAAAAGGGGAAACACAAACAUGGUGAAGCUCUUACUGGAUCGUGGUGGGCAGAUCGAUGCCAAAACUAGGGACGGGCUGACCCCUCUUCACUGCGCUGCUCGAAGUGGCCACGACCAAGUGGUGGAACUGCUGCUGGAGCGAGGCGCUCCCCUGCUGGCAAGGACAAAGAAUGGUCUGUCUCCGCUUCACAUGGCCGCGCAAGGGGACCACGUGGAGUGUGUGAAGCACCUGUUGCAGCACAAGGCGCCUGUGGAUGAUGUCACCCUUGACUACCUGACAGCCCUCCAUGUGGCUGCCCACUGUGGACACUACCGAGUGACCAAACUGCUGCUGGAUAAGAGAGCCAAUCCCAACGCCAGAGCCCUGAAUGGUUUUACUCCACUGCACAUUGCCUGCAAGAAAAACCGCAUCAAAGUGAUGGAACUGCUGGUGAAAUAUGGGGCUUCAAUCCAAGCUAUAACCGAGUCUGGCCUCACACCAAUACACGUGGCUGCCUUCAUGGGCCACUUGAACAUUGUCCUCCUUCUGCUGCAGAACGGAGCGUCUCCAGAUGUCACUAACAUUCGUGGAGAGACUGCCCUGCACAUGGCCGCCCGCGCCGGGCAGGUGGAAGUGGUCCGAUGCCUCUUGAGAAAUGGUGCCCUCGUGGAUGCCAGAGCCAGGGAGGAGCAGACACCCUUGCAUAUCGCCUCACGCCUGGGCAAGACGGAGAUCGUGCAGCUGCUUCUCCAGCACAUGGCGCACCCGGACGCGGCCACAACCAAUGGCUACACACCCCUGCACAUCUCCGCCCGGGAAGGCCAGGUGGAUGUGGCCUCAGUGCUCCUGGAGGCCGGUGCAGCGCAUUCCUUAGCCACCAAGAAGGGUUUCACACCCCUGCACGUGGCGGCCAAGUACGGAAGCCUGGAUGUGGCCAAACUUCUCCUGCAACGCCGCGCCGCCGCCGACUCAGCGGGCAAGAACGGCCUCACCCCGCUCCACGUUGCCGCGCACUAUGACAACCAGAAGGUGGCGCUGCUGCUCCUGGAGAAGGGCGCUUCGCCCCACGCCACUGCCAAGAACGGCUACACGCCUUUACACAUCGCAGCCAAGAAGAACCAGAUGCAGAUCGCGUCCACGCUCCUGAGCUACGGCGCCGAGACCAACAUCGUGACCAAGCAGGGGGUCACCCCACUGCACCUGGCCUCCCAGGAGGGCCACGCGGACAUGGUCACCUUGCUUCUGGAGAAGGGGGCGAAUGCCCACCUGGCCACCAAGAGCGGCCUCACUCCCCUCCACCUUGCAGCCCAGGAAGAUAAAGUGAACGUCGCGGACAUCCUGACCAAACACGGGGCUGACCAGGACGCACACACCAAGCUUGGUUACACCCCUUUAAUUGUGGCCUGUCACUAUGGAAAUGUGAAAAUGGUCAACUUUCUCCUGAAGCAAGGAGCAAAUGUUAAUGCAAAAACCAAGAACGGCUACACCCCUCUGCACCAGGCGGCCCAACAGGGACACACGCAUAUCAUCAAUGUCCUGCUGCAGCACGGCGCCAAGCCCAACGCCACCACUGCGAAUGGGAACACGGCCCUGGCCAUCGCUAAGCGCCUGGGCUACAUCUCCGUGGUAGACACGCUGAAGGUGGUGACGGAGGAGGUGACCACGACCACCACGACGAUCACUGAAAAACACAAGUUGAAUGUCCCAGAGACCAUGACGGAAGUGCUGGAUGUUUCUGAUGAGGAGGCCCUUAAACAGUUUGGUGACCGCUAUAUUGAUGAGGAAGUGCUUAGUGACUCAGGGGAUGACACCAUGACAGGUGACUGUGGGGAGUACCUGCGGCCCGAGGACCUCAAGGAGCUGGGGGACGACUCCCUGCCCAGCAGCCAGUUCCUGGAUGGCAUGAAUUACCUGCGCUACAGCUUGGAGGGAGGACGCUCUGACAGCCUCCGCUCCUUCAGUUCCGACAGGUCGCACACCCUGAGCCACGCCUCCUACCUGCGGGACAGCGCUGUGAUUGACGAGACCGUCGUAGUCCCCAGUCACCAGGUAUCAAAUCUGGCCAAGGAGGCAGAAAGGAAUUCUUAUCGCCUGAGCUGGGGCACGGAGAACUUGGACAAUGUGGCUCUGUCAUCCAGCCCCAUUCACUCGGGCCGCGCCUCUCCGUGCCUUGACCGCGACCACAGCAGCUUCCUGGUUAGUUUCAUGGUGGAUGCGCGGGGCGGCGCCAUGCGGGGGUGCAGGCACAAUGGGCUGCGCAUCAUCAUUCCCCCUCGGAAGUGCACCGCCCCCACACGGGUCACCUGCCGGCUGGUCAAGCGUCACCGCCUGGCGACCAUGCCCCCCAUGGUGGAAGGAGAAGGCCUGGCCAGUCGCCUGAUUGAAGUCGGACCUUCUGGGGCUCAGUUCCUUGGUAAACUUCACCUGCCAACGGCUCCCCCCCCACUUAAUGAGGGAGAAAGUUUGGUCAGCCGCAUCCUUCAGCUGGGGCCUCCUGGAACCAAAUUCCUUGGGCCCGUGAUCGUGGAGAUCCCACACUUCGCGGCCCUCCGGGGGAAGGAGCGGGAGCUGGUGGUGCUGCGCAGCGAGAAUGGGGACAGCUGGAAGGAACACUACUGCGAGUACACGGAGGACGAGCUCAACGAGAUUCUCAACGGCAUGGACGAAGUCCUGGAUAGCCCCGAAGACCUGGAGAAGAAGCGGAUCUGCCGCAUCAUCACGCGCGACUUCCCACAGUACUUCGCUGUGGUGUCACGCAUCAAGCAGGACAGCAAUCUGAUCGGGCCCGAGGGUGGUGUGCUGAGCAGCACAGUGGUGCCCCAGGUGCAGGCCGUCUUCCCGGAGGGGGCCUUGACCAAGCGGAUCCGUGUGGGCCUGCAGGCCCAGCCCAUGCAUGCAGAGCUGGUUAAGAAGAUCCUGGGCAACAAAGCGACCUUCAGCCCCAUUGUCACUUUGGAACCGAGAAGGAGAAAGUUCCACAAGCCAAUCACCAUGACCAUUCCUGUCCCCAAAGCCUCCAGCGAUGUCAUGUUGAACGGCUUCGGGGGAGAUGCGCCAACCCUAAGAUUACUAUGCAGCAUAACAGGUGGAACCACGCCUGCCCAGUGGGAAGAUAUUACAGGAACUACGCCACUGACGUUUGUCAAUGAAUGUGUUUCCUUUACCACCAACGUGUCUGCCAGGUUCUGGCUGAUAGAUUGUCGACAAAUCCAGGAGUCUGUUACCUUCGCAUCCCAAGUGUACAGGGAAAUUAUCUGUGUACCAUAUAUGGCCAAAUUCGUCGUGUUUGCAAAAUCGCAUGACCCCAUUGAAGCCAGAUUGAGGUGUUUCUGCAUGACAGAUGACAAGGUGGAUAAGACUCUGGAACAACAAGAGAACUUUGCCGAGGUGGCCAGGAGCAGGGAUGUGGAGGUGUUAGAAGGAAAACCCAUCUACGUGGAUUGCUUUGGCAACCUGGUCCCCUUAAUCAAGAGUGGGCAACAUCAUAUAUUCAGUUUUUUUGCCUUCAAAGAAAACAGACUUCCUCUCUUCGUUAAGGUCCGUGACUCGACUCAGGAGCCAUGCGGACGACUGUCAUUCAUGAAGGAGCCCAAGUGCACAAGAGGCCUGGUGCACCAGGCUAUCUGCAACUUGAACAUCACGCUGCCUGUGUACGCAAAGGAGUCAGACUCAGACCAAGAACAGGAAGAAGAGAUCCAUAUGACAUCAGAAAAAAACGAUGAGACAGAAUCUACUGAGACAUCUGUCCUGAAAAGCCACCUGGUCAAUGAAGUUCCCGUGCUAGCGAGCCCGGACUUGCUCUCUGACGUGUCCGAGAUGAAGCAGGACCUGAUCAAGAUGACGGCCCUCUUGACCACAGACGUGGCAGACAGAAGCGGCUCCAUCCGAGUGAAGGAGCUGGCCAAGGCCACCGAGGAAGAACCGGGGGAGCCUUUUGAGAUUGUGGAGAGGGUGAAGGAGGACUUAGAGAAAGUGAACGAGAUCCUGAGGAGCGGCACGUGUGCACGGGAGGGGGGCAUCAGUGGGCCCCGGGAGGAGGGAGAGCUAAGCGGGGAGUGGGUGUGGGUGAGCGAUGAGGAGGUCGAGGAAGCGAGGCAGCAGGCCCCGGUCGAGGUCCCUGAGCCCCCGUGCGUAGAGGUCAGGCUAGACAAGGGCAGUAGAGGCCCCAGGGGGAAAGGACAGAGAGACUCAACGGGUCUCGUCAACUACCUGACCCAAGACCUGAACUCCUAUGGGGCCCUUUCCAAGGCCAGGCCGCAGACCACGGCCCGAGAGACGGCCACCACGGACAGGAAGGGGGACAAGGGGACUCCGGCCACCGUGGGGGUCAAGGCCUCUGAGAAAGAAGGGAAAACAUCCACCCCAGAGGAGUCACCCAAGGCCCAGAAAUCGCCAAAACCCAGCCCGGGCAUCAAGAAGCCGUUGCGAAGGAAAUUAAAAGAGAAACCCAAGGCCAAGGAUGAUGGUGUGAGCCCAGCAGUCCCCAAGGCCGGGCCCAAGAAAGGCAGCUCGGACGAGUCGGGUGAGGAGGAGCCGGGCCUGGCCCCUCCUGAACCCCUUCCUUCUGCCAAGGCCACGUCGCCCCUGGUGGAGGAGACCCCCAUCGGCUCCAUCAAGGACAAGGUCAGGGCCCUGCAGAAGCGCGUGGAAGACGAGCAGAAAGGCCACAGCAGCAAACUGCCCGUCAGGGUCAAGGGCAAAGAGGAGGCGCCCAGGAAGGCGACUCCCCGGACUGCCGGGCUCAGCUCCCCGGCGCACUCUCCAUCGCUGUCCAACAAAGUGGAGAAACAGUCCCCUGGGUCCCCCUCGGCCAAGACAGAAAGACAGUCACCCGUGUCCCCUUCAGCCAAGAUGGACAGACAGUCACCCAUGUCCCCCUCAGCCAAGACGGAAAGGCACUCCCCCCCAUCCUCAGUCAAGACGGAAAAACAGUCACCCGUGUCCCCCUCGGCCAAGACAGACAGACAGUCCCCCGUGUCCUCAGCCAAGACGGAAAGACAUUCUCCCGUGUCCUCCACUAAGACAGAAAGACACCCCCCGGGAUCCCCUGCAGGCAAGCCAGACAAACGUGUCCCCCUUUCGCCCUCUUCCCGGACAGAGAAGAACCCGCCCACGGUGCCCGGCAGGACGGAGAAGCGCCUGCCCAUAUCCCUGUCCGCACGACCUGAGAAGCAGACCCCCGCGUCCACCACCACGGGGAAAGGCCAGAAGCACCUGCCAGUGUCCCCCUCUGGGAAGGUGGACAAGCACCCGCCCGUGUCCCCCACGUCCAGGACAGAGCGGAUCGAGGAGACCAUGUCAGUGCGGGAGCUGAUGCGGGCUUUCCAGUCUGGGCAGGACCCGUCCAAGCACAAGACCGGCCUCUUCGAGCACAAAGCAGCAAAACAGAAGCCGUCCCAGGACCGGGGCAAGGCACGGGGUGAGAAGGACAAGGCGCCCUUGCCGCCGCAGCCCGCCCCAAGAGAAACGCACAAGACCGAGAGUCCCACUGUCAGACGCGGCCAGCGACUUGCGGGCAACGGGGCCACAGAAGCCAAACGUGGGGUCCGGGCUGCCCCCCUGGGGUUGAAGAGAGAAGAGUGGGGGACCGAAAAGGAGAAGACGCUUGGAGGCCGCCAGGUCUCCCCGCCCGUCCAGGCCGUCGAGGCUGAGGGACAGCAAGAGGGAGAAGGGCGCCAGGGGAAGCCGGCCGAGGAGGAGGAGCCAGCCGAGGCAGACCUGCAGAUCAGUCCAGACAGGAAGGCGUCCACCGACUUCUCCGAGGUGAUCCGGCAGGAGCUGGAGGACAACGACAAGUACCAGCAGUUCCGCCUGCGUGAAGAGCCAGAGAAAGCGCAGCUGCUCUUGGACCAGGUCCUCACUAGCCCCUUCGACGGCACGUUUCCGCUGGAGGACGGGCGGGAGGACUUCCUGCCUGCACUGUCCCUACAGAGCCGCGCCCUGGAGGGCAGCUGCGAGAGCCUGCGGCGGGCAGUGGGGGCCGCAUCCCCCUGCGGCAGCCUCAUGGAGGGGACUCCACCCCAGGUCAGCUCAGAGGAGAGCUUCAAGCAUGAAGGCCUCGCCGAGACCCCCGAGACCAGCCCCGAGAGCCUGUCCUUCUCGCCCAAGAGAAGCGACGGAGAGCAGAGUGGAGAGACUGGUGAAGUGGGUGAGUUCGAGCCGGCCCCGGAGACCCAUCCAGCGAAAGAGCCCCCCUCGGCCCCUCGAGACGUCAUCCCAGGCUCGGAUGAGUUCAAGCCAGCCCCGGAGACCCAUCCAACAAAAGAGCCCCCCUCGACCCCUCGGGACGUCACCCCGGGCUCGGGUGACCAUUGCCUCAGCAGCCAAGGGGCAUCCUUAGCGCAAGAAGCCCCCCAAGUCACGAAUGAUGGGGCAUCCCAGGACCAGCGUCCACGCACGCCUCUGGGCGCCACCCCUGACAUCCAGGCUGAUGCCCAAACUCAGGAAUCCCCUGGCACCGACCCCUUAGGUGAGACCCAACCCUCCCCAGCAGCACUAUCGGGGGUCCCUGCGACACCAGAGCCGGAUACAGGGUCCAAGCCCGCAGGGCCCAUCCGCAGUCCCCAAGGCUUGGAGCUCGCACUCCCCAGCCGGGACACUGAGGUGCUCAGCCCUGGGGCCGACGAAUCCUUCACCGUGAGCCACAAGGAUUCUCUGGAAGCCAGCCCCGUGCUGGAAGAUAACUCCUCGCACAAAACGCCCGACUCCCUGGAGCCGAGUCCUCUGAGAGAGUCACCGUGCCGCGACUCCCUGGAGAGCAGCCCCGUGGAGCCCAGGACGAGGGGCGGUCCACUUCCCGGCCACUUUCCGCUACCCUCCGCCCCUACCAGCGCCCCCAGCAGGGCUGAGCUCUUGUCCGAAGUGGCGUCCAUGCGGUCGCGGCUGCUUCGGGAUGCUGACGGCAGUGCCGAGGAUGACAGCCUAGAGCAGACGUCUCUGGUGGAGAGCUCGGGCAAGAGUCCCCUGUCCCCCGACACCCCCAGCUCCGAGGAAGUCAGCUACGAGGUCACGCCCAAGGCCACAGCGGAGCCCAGUGCCCCCAAACCAGCCGCCAUCCCUGAAUGCACGGAGGAGGAGGACUCAGAGAAUGGGGACAAGAAGCGGGUCACGCCCGAGGAGGAGAUGUUCAAGAUGGUCACCAAGGUCAAGACCUUUGAGGAGCUGGAGCAGGAGGCAAAGCAGAGGAGGGACUUUGGGAGGGAGCCCAAGGCCGACGAGACCGAGACAGACUGUCCCGCAGACACGGAUGGGCGCAGACCCACAGAGAGCGCAGAGGGCCCCGUGCUGGUGGUGGCAGCGGCUGCAGAGGAAGAGGCCGAGGGCAGGAAGACGUCCUCCUCCUCCACGGAGAGUGAGCCUGAGCUGAGCCAGCUGCCCCGGGGGCCCGACUCUGGCCUCCUGCCGGAGCCCGUGAUCCGUGUGCAGCCUCCAUCCCCACUUCCUUCCAGCCUGGACUCCAAUUCCAGCCCCGAAGAGGUGCCGUGCCAGCCCGUCGUUCCCAAACAAUAUACCUUCAAGCUGAGCCCUGAUGACGAUGAUGACACGCAGGAAGAAGCAGCAGAGGAACAAGACGGUGACUCCUGCGUUCUCCCAGACUCCCCCCGUGUGGGCCCCGACAGCCCAGAGGCGAGGGCCGAGGCACCAAACAAAGAAGCCGACACGGUUAACAUCUGCCACGGUCAGGGGUGCGAGGCCGGGAGACCCGAAGCCUCCAUGGGGCCUGCGUCCAUGGGCAUCCAGGGUCCCCCUGAGGAUGCUGCCUGGCAGGAAUCAUCGUCAAGUGUGCAGGACUCGGCUGACCAAGGCAGCGACAGGGCAGAGCCCAAUGCUCCAGGUGUGGAGUUUUCACCAGGAGGCUGCUCUGGGGACAGCUCUGCUUGUCUGUCUGGGUGCCAUUGCCCCGGGCCCAGAGGGGAGGACGAACAUGCAUCCUCAGUGCCUUCAGAAAUGGAGAGGGUGGAAACAGAUCAAACUCUGGCAGAUUCCAUGCAGGAUGGCCCCGUGCAAGAGCCAGGGAUGCCCGCCCUGACGGAAGAGCAUGUGUCCAUGGGGGCCAGCCCAGCUGACACGGAGGAAAGCACUGAUCCUCCCAUCACCAGUCCCUAUGAGAAUGUCCCUGCCCCGUCUUUUUUCUCUGGUGGUGAAAGCCAAGCCCCAGAAGAACAAACAAGCCAUGUGAGCUUUCACUCUUCUUCCGAAGCAUAUUCCGGGGCCUCCCCAGCGUCCCUGGAAGAAGCGGUCCUGACCAGCUCCUCUGGGCUGGUGGUGUUGAGUUGCGACUCACUCUCCGAGGCCCCAGAUCCUGCAGGCGCUCACAAACCAGCCGGCCUGUCAUGGGAGGUGGACGGGGACCCUGAACCCACAGUGGCAGCGCCCUCGGCAGCUCUCGGGGAAGCUGUGAGCCAUGUCAUCAUCACCAAGACGGACGUGGAUUCUGACCCCUGGAGCGCCAUUCGCGAGGACGAUGAGGCCUUCGAGGCACGUGUGAAGGAGGAGGAGCAAAAGAUCUUUGGUUUGAUGGUGGACCGCCAGUCCCAGGGCACCACCCCCGACACCACCCCCGCCAGGACCCCCACGGAAGAGGGGACCCCAACCAGUGAGCAGAACCCAUUCCUCUUCCAGGAGGGCAAGCUGUUCGAGAUGACGCGCAGUGGUGCCAUUGACAUGACCAAGCGGUCCUACGCCGAUGAGAGCUUCCACUUCUUCCAGAUCGGGCAGGAGCCGCUCCCUGAGGAGGCCGAGAGAGAGGGGCUCACAGGGGCAGAGGGAUCCCCGCCAUUGGAGGCCUCGGAGGGGGACCCCGUGCUUUCAGAAUCCAAGGAAGAAGUGGUGGAUGAUGAGGCGGACUUGAUCCCAGAUGAUGUCAGUGAGGAAGGAGAGGAGCUGCCUACAUCCCAGGGGGUCUCAGUGUCCCUGGAAACAGCUGCCAGAGAGGGCGAGGAUGCACCCGCUGAGGACACACCUGCUGAGGGGAUGGGGGAGACACCUCUUCCGAGCGACAAGACGCACAGCCCUGGGUCCGAUUCCCCAGAACCCAGGGCCCAGGAUGAGCAGCCGAGGUUUUCCGCAGUCUCAAGGCAGGUGUAUUUGGAUCGGGAUGAGGACUCUCCCGACACAUCACCUGAGGAACAGAAAUCUGUCAUCGAAAUCCCCACUGCACCCAUGGAACACGUGCCUUGUGCCGAGGACAGGCCCCCAGUCCCCCUCAGGACUCCCCCCGGCGCGGCCCCUGCCCCUCCGUCUCAGGGGUCCCAGCCUUGGCCUUCGGAAGUUUUCCCCCCCGGCCCGGCUGAGGACGAGCAGAACAACGAGGAGGAAACAAAACCAAAGUCUAAAAUCCCAGUCAAAGUCCCUGCCCAAAGAACAGAGCCACAGCAGCCAGCGCAUCUAGAAUCUUCUCUCCAGCAGACCGUGGUUCCUCAGGGACAGGACUGGGGAAGCCAGGCAUCUGAAAAGAGAAGCCAGUCAGAACCCGAUGCCAGGCCUCUGGAUGCCCACACCCAGAGCCCGGCCCACAGCACCAGUGACCCCCAGACAGACAGGCAGAGCCAGGAGGAAGCCGGGGAGCUGGAGUUAGGAUCAGAGGAGGUGGCGACCAGAUCAAAGAUCUUUGCAUCCCGCUUGCCGGUGAAGAGCAGGAGCCCCUGCCCAGCCCCGAGCCAGGGGGCCACCAGCCCCGCGCACGAGAGUAGGGAGCAUUUCUUUGACCUUUACCGAAACUCCAUAGAGUUCUUUGAGGAGAUUAGCGACGAGGCGUCCAAGCUAGUGGAUAGACUGACCCAGUCUGAGCGGGAGCAGGAGUUAGUGUCUGAUGACGAGAGUAGCAGUGCCCUGGAAGUGUCUGUAAUCGAAAACCUGCCACCCGUUGACACCGAGCACUCGGUCCCCGAGGACAUCUUUGACACGAGGCCCAUUUGGGAUGAGUCCAUCGAGACUCUGAUUGAACGCAUCCCUGAUGACAAUGGCCAUGACCGUGCUGAAGAUCAGCAGGAUGAACAGGAGCGGAUCGAGGAAAGACUCGCUUAUAUUGCAGAUCACCUGGGCUUCAGCUGGACAGAAUUGGCACGAGAAUUGGAUUUCACUGAGGAGCAAAUCCACCAGAUUCGAAUUGAGAACCCGAACUCCCUGCAAGACCAGAGCCACGCGCUGUUGAAGUACUGGCUAGAGAGGGACGGGAAGCACGCCACAGAUACGAAUCUCAUUGAGUGUCUCACCAAGAUCAACCGGAUGGAUAUUGUCCAUCUCAUGGAGACCAACACAGAGUCCUUGGGGGAGCGUGUACGCCAUAGCUACGCUGAAAUCGAGAAGACCAUUGCCCUGGAUCAUAGCGAAGACUUCUCGGUCCUUCCCGAGGAAGCGCAGCGCAAGCAGAAGACGCGGCCCGCAGCCUCAAAGGAGAGCGAGGCCUCCGAUCAGCCCCCCAUGGUCUCCGAGGAGGACAUCUCCGUCGGCUAUUCCACUUUUCAGGACUGCGUCCCCAAGCCUGACGGCCCCGCCACUGAGCUCCUUCUCAAGGACCAUGGGCCACAGGACGUCUCAGGGAAAACUCCAGACACGCUGCAGACAUCGCCCCUCGAACAUCAGCAAGAAUACUUUGUCACCUCCCCGGGGACAGAAGGGUCUGAGACACCCAAGGCCACAGCAGAGCCUGGCUCUCCCCACAAGACCCCUGAGGAGGUCACCAGCCCUGAUGUCUCUCGGGAGACGCUGUACCUCCAGACCCCAGCCUCUGGGGAGCGGGUGGACGCCCCCAUCAUACAGGAGCCCGAGGAGCCCCCCGAACCCAAGGAGGAAGGUUCUCCAAGGAAAACCAGCCUCGUCAUCAUGGAGUCUACCGAUGAGCAGCCCCGGGCCUGUGAGAGGCCGGACGGAGACGCGGCAUUCGAGAAGGAGCUCAUCCGGGAGUUAGGGGAGCUGGAGGUGAGCUCUGAUGAGGAGGCCAUGGUCACCACCAGGGUGGUCCGCCGGCGCGUGAUCAUCCAGGGCGAUGACAUGCCGGACUUCCCCCCGGAGUCCGUGACGGAGGAGGAGUACACGGAUGAGCAGGGCCACCGGGUGGUGAAGAAGGUCACCAGGAAGAUCAUUAAGCGGUUUGUCUCUCCCGACGGCACUGAGACGGAGGAGAUCACCAUGCAGGGAACGCCCCAGGAGCCGGUGCACAUUGAGGAAGGGGAUGGAUACUCCAAGGUCAUCAAGCGGGUGGUAUUGAAGAGUGACACCCAGCAAUCAGAGGUGACUCUGUAUGAGCCCAGCCUUUUGUCCAGCGACUCCCACUUUCAGGCUGAACCCGUGGAGGGCCGCAGAGUCAGCAAGGUGGUGAAAACCACACUGGUCCACGGAGAGAGGAUGGAGAAGCACCUGGGGGACUCUAGCUUAGCCACUGACCUUCCUUCAGCCAAAGAUGACUUUGAAGAGGCCCUGAGUUACACAGGUAGCCAGCUGAAAGUCCACUUCCCCAGCUUAGUAGAGAAGGAAAUCCUGAGAGAGGAUGGAUCAGUCAUUAAAAGGACCACCAUGAGUAAGGCCAGCAUCCAAAAGAGGGCCGUGGUGAAGGACCAGCACGGCCAGCGCGUUUACCUGGAGCGCCUGGAAGACGUCCCCGAAGCCCUGGCGCAGGACGACCUCCAGCGCGACCUCCAGCGACUCCUCCGGCAUUUCGGCCCCGAGGACUCGGAGCCCGGGGCCCACUGAGGGGGCUGCCCCGUUCUCCCCCUGGAAACCACGUUCGUUCACUCGAUAUGCAACUGCCCCUUCCUUCCUCCCAGGAGCCCCCGCCAGGCCGGCCUCGCCCACCGGGUACCCACCAGCGCCCCGCUAGCCAACACCGCACUGGGUUUCAGUUCUCCCUCCCCCCACUGCUCCAGCCCGGUCCUUUUUAACUGUAAGCUAAUUUGUGACCAAAGAGAGCAUCCUUCACGAUGCCGGGUGCCCGUCAUCCCCACGAUUCUGUCUUCUGUGCUGACCUGGGAACUCUGCGCCCCGCCCCCC